AUGUUUUAUCCUGGUAUGUUUAGAGAGAAACCAAAGGAUAUUAUUUCUGACAAAUGGAAAAUCAUAUUAAGGGUCUCAGGAUUUCUUGUAUCAUGUUAUGUAAUAUGUUUUCAUGGAGAUUUAUUUGACAUACCAGAAAACAAUAAGUUAUCUUAA